AUGAAAGAUACUCUAGGGUUGGAAAGAACCCCCAAACGUGAAAGCGCGAAAAGACUGUCGUUUGGGCAAGAAAGUGAAGAAAGUCCGAAGUCACCUCAAACUCCAUCACCACCCACAAAUUAUAACAGCAGCAGCGGUGGCCGCUCGCAUAGAAGAACCUCGGUUUCGCAUGGGUUUUUGGCUUCACCGUUGCCAGGAGGCACAGCAACUGCCAAACCACCGCAUAAAACGGAUUUCGUGGUUCCAGAUUCACCGGGCGUUGUCAAAACGCGGCUUUUACCUCCAACAACGCCUAAAUCGAGAAACCAAGAGGUAUUUUUGUCACCAUCGCCAAAACUCAAGUCCCCAGGUGUCCAUAAGGACACUGAAAGACCUAUCCGCGAACUUUCCAAUAACCUGAAAACCAGGCUCAACUAUGCGUUUGUCAAGCUUCAAAACGGCUGGACCGACAAGACACUACCGCAACUGGAGUCGGUGGUUGGCGGAUCUACUGGGAAAACGGUCGAAGUGCCCAAACUGGGCAGCCAUCAUGCGUACAGCAAUAAAUUUCUAGAAGAGGAAGAUUCCGGGAACAACUCGGCACACGCGGCCCUGAUGAACGCGUUGGGGAGUCCACGAAAGAAACAGCGAUCAGGCUCUUCUUCUUCGUCGGGUGGGCUAGUUUCCAGUCCUAGAAGAGGACAACGGCCACCGCCUAUUAUCACGCAACCCGCUGCAGAAAAUCAAUCCCAGAAUCAACCUAAAGAUAAACCUUCGGAGGCUGAGGCCAUUGAAACACUCAUGUCUUUAUCUUCGCCUAAGAAGGCUUCUAAACAUCCGAGCCAAGAGUUCACGCUCCCGCCUCCACCAUUACCGGCUUCGCAAAAUCAACAGUCGCCCUCCCACCAGGAUCCAACCAUUGUAGGCAUGUCGUCUCGUUCAUCAUCUUCUGGGACGUCUAUUCCAAAUACGUUGGCCGAACCUUUCGUGCUGAAGGGUAAUAGCGGUGGUACUAACGCACAGGUCCUGCUCGACGUUGAGACUGACGACGAACAAAGUAAUGGAGAUUGA